AUGGAAGGGCGAGACCCUGCAGGAGUAUGGUGGUGUACCGAGCAGAUGAUGACAGUGCCAGGCGCGGACGGCUGCGACCAGCUCGUCGAUGACGGCGGCGACGCGACGCUGCUGAUCCACAAGGGCAAGGAGUUCGAGGAAAAGUUCGCGAAGGACGGAUCCCUGCCCGAUCCUGCCAGCACGGACAACGCCGAAUUCAAGUGCAUCUUGCAGCUGUUGCGAGAUUCCAUCCCGGCCGACAAGACAAAGUACACGCGCAUGGCCGCGAAGUGCAAGGGCGUCAGCGAGGAGACCACCACUGGCGUCCACAGGCUGAAGGAGAUGGCUGCGAAGGGCGAGCUCCUGUUCCCAGCCAUCAACGUUAACGAUUGCGUGACCAAGUCCAAGUUCGACAAUGUCUACGGGUGCAGGCAUUCGCUGCCAGAUGGCAUCAUGCGUGCCACAGACGUGAUGAUCGGGGGCAAGCGUGCGCUGAUCUGUGGUUAUGGUGAUGUGGGCAAGGGUUGCGCGUUUGCCAUGCGCGGUGCUGGUGCCAGGGUUCUGAUCACUGAGUGUGACCCCAUCUGUGCGCUCCAGGCAUGCAUGGAGGGCUUCCAGGUGGUUACGAUGGAGAGCGUUGUCGGCGAGAUCGACAUCUUCACGACCACCACAGGAAACUUCAAGAUCAUCACGCUGGAGCACAUGAAGAAGAUGAAGAACAAGCCAUCGUCGGCAAUUGGCCACUUCGAUAACGAGAUCGAGAUGGAAAAUCUGGAGAAGUUCGAAGGCAUCAAGGUGGAGAACAUCAAGCCGCAGGUUGACCGCUACGUCUUCCCAGACGGGCACGGCAUCAUCGUCCUGGCGGCUGGGCGGCUGCUCAACCUCGGCUGCGCCACUGGACACCCAUCUUUCGUGAUGUCCUGCUCGUUCACGAACCAGGUCCUCGCGCAGAUUGACCUGCUCACGGCCAAGGAGAAGGGCUACAAGAACAACGUGUACCUCCUCCCCAAAGACCUCGACGAGAAGGUUGCCAGCCUGCACCUGCCGGCGCUCGGUGCCCAGCUCACGACCCUCACGAAGGAGCAGGCCGACUACAUCGGUGUGAAGGCCACUGGCCCCUUCAAGCCUGACACGUACCGGUACUAG